UCUUACGACCUAUAAUAACAAACAAACAAACAAAUCAAAAGAAUCUUCUUCUUUAAAAAGUUGGUCGAUCGCUCUUUGUAUUUUUAUAAGUUUUCCAGAGUUAAUUGGGAACAACAUGGAAGGAUAUGAUGAUGGAUCGUUGUAUGCUCCGUUUCUGUCGCUGAAACCACAUCAAAGCCUUUCUAUGUCGGAGUUAGAACAAGGCAGAGAAGAAGCCUCCAAAGUUAGAGAAGGUUCCUCGAGAAGCAGGGAGUUGAAAAAGAAGAAGGGGAAGAAACAAAAGUUUGCGUUUCAGACAAGGAGCCAAGUUGAUAUUCUUGAUGAUGGCUAUCGUUGGAGAAAAUAUGGCCAAAAAGCCGUCAAGAACAACAAGUUCCCCAGGAGUUACUACAGGUGCACAUAUGGAGGAUGCAAUGUAAAGAAGCAAGUGCAAAGAUUAACAGCGGACCAAGAAGUUGUAGUCACGACCUACGAAGGAGUUCACUCGCAUCCCAUAGAAAAGUCUACAGAAAAUUUCGAGCAUAUUCUCACCCAAAUGCAAAUCUACUCUUCUUUUUAAUACCUUUUAUAACUUUGGAGCGUAUCAUUCCGAGAGCCGAUGUUGUAAAUUAUACAAAUAAAAAAAGUAUAAUAUUUACAUUUCAUGGCUGUUGGAAAAAAAUAACCAUGGUCAAUUUGGAGACUGUUUCCUAAUAAUCUUAACAAAGUUGUUCAUUUAUAAAGAAUACUUAGUCCCUAGACAUUUCAUAGUCUGUAAAAUACCUUGUAAGCAAAAUCUACUACAUAAGAUGUGAUACUUUUGCGUUUGUUGGAUGAAUGUGAAAAUGUAAUAACCCUAAUCAUAUUAGUUAAUCAACUUCAUUCUCUUA